GAGGUGGUGAAUUUUCUUCAUCUUGAUUCAGAAUUUGCCGUAAAAUCAGUGAACGACGCCGAGAGUAUGACCAUUGAAGUAUUCCGUUCAUCCACCAUCCUCUCGUGUGAAAACUCUUUGAAUAUUCAUCGGAGGAUCCAACUGGGUGACAUCCCCAUCCUCAAUGUACAGUGACCAAUAGGAAAGAGCCUUCUGGUUUCCAGACUCUAUUAUGACUGAUCGUGAGGCACUCAAAAUGGCAGCAAAUCCUGGCCUCGCGAAUCCAGGGCCUGCUCCGACGUCCCUGCAUGACCGACUCGGCCUGUUCGCAUCUCUUCAUCAGACCCCGACGCUACGGGCCAUUCGGCGACUGUCCGUUCAUGACCGGUCAAAUAGUGACUCAAAUCUGGCCCAUCCGGACCUCCAGCGUUGGUCUAUGUCCAGCUUGAUGGUCAAUAAACAUGAUAUAACGUUACGUCCCGAUGCGCAUCUGAUCGUUUACUGGGAUAUUAAAGAUAGCGUUGAUGUGAACGACUGGAUUGGACUGUAUCUAAUUGGGGAAAAUUCUCCGACAAAUUUUCAGAGUUUCAAGAACAGAGGAUUGAGUGCGACUCACAAAGGACAAAUCGUUUGGCAUCUGGACUCUGAGACUUGUUUUACAAAACCUGUCACCAGAGUUUGUUUCAAGUAUUACCACGGCACAACGGGAGAGCUUCGAGCGAUCACACCAACAAUCACCGUCAGGAACCCUGAUGCUAGCGAAGAUGACGAACCCUCCCCGGACAAUGGACCUUUCUUUCAUAUUUGCAUCAGCGAUCUGAAAGGAAUGGGGCUUAAGAAAGGAAUGUUCUUCAACCCCGAUCCUUACAUCAAGUUCUCCAUCCAGCCCGGAAGGAAUCACAACCUGCCACUGUCAGACAGUCACUACGGACAAGACCAACGAACAACCAUCGCUGAAAAAACUGUCAUGCCCUCCUGGGAUGAUCAGGAGUUCCACUUCAAAGCCACACGGACUGACGUCCUUGAGUUGGAGCUGAAGGAUAAAUUUGUGCGAUCCCGGCCGAUCAUCAGUCGAUUCCUCGGACGGCUGGCCAUUCCGAUUCAACGUCUUGUCGAGAAAGCAGCUUUAGGAGAGCGCACCGUGACGUACAACCUUAACAAGCGCCACCCCUCGGACCACGUCAGCGGCUGUCUGACGUUCACCGUUGAGAUCGAACAGGAGGACAGCCCCGAAGCAGAUUCAGUCGUCAACGGAACCGCGGACCAACCUUUGGAUCAUGUGACACGCUCGGUAUCUGUACCCGCCAUGGCAACCCUACAUGAGGACAGGUCUCUAGAUGGUCCAGCCGUUUUACCUCGUGCCGUACAACAUCUAAACUCCAAUACUGUAGAGACCCCCACCCAUGCCAAGGCAGAUCGGACGAUAUCGGCACCUGCACAAUAUCUCGGGGGAGUUUCACGAGGUGUUAAGGUCGUGGCUCCGGACACCCCGACCGAGUCAAUAUCAAACCCUAUCUCCCAAGAGCAGCUCAGCCAAGCUGCACAAAGAACGAACACGCAGUCUAUCGGGGAAAUCCAGAGCAUACAAUGUUCUUAUGUAUUACCCGAUAAAAUGACAUCGAAUGAUAAGGGGAAAGGAGGGUCGGUGAGACGUACCUCGCCAAGCAGGCCGACAGAACUGCAUAUACCAGGUUCAAAGGCCACGAGUCUGCAACCAGAUGUCGUGGCGCCAGCAGUUGCCACCCAGACUGCUCUCUCACCGGAAUUUGGGAGUCGAAACGAAGGAUUGACUAUGAACGUCACGGCAGCGUCGUCGUUGACGAGAGAGCGAACCCCAGACGUGGUGGAGGAUACUAUGUUUCAAUUAACUUUGGAUGAUUCGGAGAAUAGUUCUGAGUCCUCUGUCCGAACUGAGAGGAGAUCUAACGUGGAGACGGUCUCAAGCCGUGGGAGAAGAUCUGACUCAGCCGCCAGCCUCGGGACGUCCAACAGGCCGUCGUCGAUAGACAUGAGUAGCUUUUCAGGACAUAAACGAUUCUCAAAUCAGCAGACCUCUGCUCUGAGUUCAUCAUUGCCUUCCAGACAAACCUCUACUCUUGCUGCGGAUCGUCUUCUUAGCAAUGAGAACCUUGUGGCGAGGGCGCUACUCAGCUCUUCACCCAUGAGGAUCCCACCCCUCUCUAACUCGCCGGGCGCAUCUCCAACAGCCUCCCCCGCCAGCCGACGCCGAGACAUCAGCGACAUCUCACUCCAGAAGGAAAUCGAGGAGGAGGUGAACAGACUACGGAUGCGGUCGGGGACGUCAAUGCCGUCGCGCGACCCGGAAACCCCGACGAAUACUCCAAUCGGUACCCCACUUAUAGACGCUGACAUGGUCGCACGCAGUGCACCAGAUGAUAGAUUACCGGGGAAGACGUGCGUAGCGAGCGUCGCUCAGAGUAAAAAAUUACAAGUGGUUAAGCCCUCAACACGGCAGGUGGAACCGAUCAAUUCUUCAACGAUGUCAGAAUCUGACCCUGGACCGAGGAAUAAUAACAACAGUCAGACUCAGCCAGUGAACAACGAACCACAAUCCCAAACAGCUGCCGUCCCCAAUGUCAUCAACCUGGCAAGCGAGGGCGGUAGUAGUACCAUUGAACCGCUAAGCGUAAACAAUAUCCAGCAUGCUGAGGCUGGUGGUGAAUCGUCACCGGACGGUGCCGUUUCGCAGGGUACAAGUAACCGGUCCACGACGGAAUCAGAGAGCUUCGAGUCGGGGACCAGUCAGUCUGUUGGGUCAGAAUCGUCAGACCCCAAAGGGCUUGAUGGGGAAGCUGGCCAGUCAGCAAAAGGGGGCGCUCACCCGAAUGAUAACGUAUGGCAACGGAGGAAAAAAUACAAGUCGUCGAGACCCAAUCUUAGAGUUAAUAUCACCGGGGUAACGACCGAUGGUACUGACCUAGAUGCAGAGAGGACCCCAACCACACCCGUGCUUACACCACAACGGGUUACCUACCAACGCUAUGAGUUACCAGCUGACGAGGAACCACUACCUAACAAUUGGGAGGCCCGAAUUGACCAGUACGGUCGCGUGUUCUACAUCAACCACGUCCAGCGAACGACGACGUGGACUAAACCCAAAAUCAGCCACGCUACUCAGCAAGAGCAUCAUGAGAGAGAUUCCCAACAGAGCAGACAACAACUGGAUCGAAGGUAUCAGAGCAUACAUAGAACGCUUCAGAGGCAGGACCAUGUGGCAGAAGAAAGCUCAUCUGCAUCAACGUCAACAGACAGUAUAGCUGAGAUUCAGACCCCACGAGGGCGCCAUUCAUUCCUAGAAGCACCGGCAGUCAAGUUCAUUACCAGACCUGAUUUCUUCACCAUCCUCCAUUCCAACGCAGAAGCCAAACAAAUGUUCCAGCGUAACUCCUCUGUCAAACACAUGGUCAAUCGGAUCCGUAGGGACCCUGGUAAAUUCUCGGACUACCAGCACAAUCGUGACUUGGUGGCAUUACUCAAUCUCUACGUUGAUCACCAAGCGGAGUUGCCAGGGGGAUGGGAGUCGAAACAAGAUAAAUCUGCAAAGGUAUUCUUCGUUGACCACACCUCCCACAGCACCACGUUCAUCGACCCACGUCUUCCAGUAGAGGUGACUGACCCCACAGUGAGUCUACUGCAAGUCCCUACGAGGGGGAGGAUGCGUAGCCGCAGUGAAGGAGAGGGCUUACUGGAUGGCGUCCAUGAAAAUGACUUCGGUGCCGGGGCGACAGCGGGACACGGCAAGAACAAAUCCGGUCCACCUAUUCAACCCAGACCCAAGGAGACUCUAAGACCUGACCCAGCCAAAGGCAAAGAUGACGCAGUUCCACUUGCAUACAAUGAGAAGGUAGUUGCAUUCUUGAGACAACCCAACAUCAUCGACAUCUUGAAGGAAAGGCAGGAGGACCUCAGCACAAACACCAAACUCAGGGAUAAAAUCCAUCUGAUCAGACAAGAAGGCAUCUCUGCUCUACAAAGAUUAAGUAACGACGUGGAACUAAUUAUGCUGUUAAGUUUGUUUGAAGAUGAUGUGAUGAGCUACACACCCACCAUGGCCCAGGCUUCCUCCCAGCUAAGAUCUUCACUGGCUAAUAUCUCGCCACACAACACCCCUCAGCCUUCCCCUCAUUCCUCACCAGUAGUUGGUAGAGCUAAUGCCAGGGCACCUGCACCGUACCGCCGAGAUUUUGACGCCAAGCUCCGUGGUUUCUACAGGAAGAUGGAGGCGAAGGGCUACGGUCAAGGACCGACAAAGUUGAAGUUGACUAUAAGACGCGAUCACCUUCUUGAAGAUGCGUUUGGGAAGAUCAUGGCCAUCAGCCGAAAAGACAUCCAGAAAUGUAAACUAUUCAUCAGCUUCCCCGGAGAGGAAGGUCUUGAUUAUGGAGGACCAUCUCGUGAAUUCUUCUUCCUGCUAUCAAGGGAACUCUUCAAUCCUUACUAUGGGUUGUUUGAGUAUUCGGCCAUGGACACUUACACCGUUCAGAUCAGCCCCAUGUCGGCAUUUGUUGAUAACUAUCUAGAUUGGUUCCGUUUCUGUGGUCGUGUCAUUGGUCUUGCCAUCAUCCAUCACUUCCUUCUAGACGCCUUCUUCACUAGACCCUUCUACAAAGCUCUCCUCCGCUCCUCAAGUCACUUGUCUGAUCUUGAAUCCCUAGACAGUGAGUUCUAUCAGAGCUUACUCUGGACUAAAGAGAACGACAUCACAGAUGUUUUGGAUUUGACGUUCACUGUUGAUGAGGAAACAUUCGGCCAGUUGGUUGAGAAAGAACUGAAACCAAAUGGCAAGAACAUUCAGGUGACUGAGAAGAACAAAAAGGAAUACAUUGAGAGGAUGGUCAAGUGGAGAAUUGAACGAGGAGUGAUGGAACAGACAGAGAGUCUUGUAAGAGGGUUCUAUGAGGUCGUAGAUACAAGGUUAAUCUCUGUGUUUGAUGCUCGGGAACUGGAGCUGGUCAUUGCUGGUACGGCUGAGAUUGACAUCCAUGACUGGCGGAAAAAUACUGAAUAUAGAGGAGGGUACCAAGAUAAACACCACGUCAUCAACUGGUUCUGGACGGCUGUAGAGUGCUUCGACAAUGAGAGACGACUCCGUCUUCUGCAGUUUGUGACUGGCACAUCAAGUAUUCCUUAUGAGGGCUUCGCAGCGCUGAGGGGAAGCAAUGGUCCACGUAAAUUCUGUAUCGAGAAAUGGGGCAAAGUAACCAGUUUACCACGGGCUCAUACAUGUUUCAAUCGUCUUGAUCUUCCAUCCUACUCGUCCUAUGCAAUGCUACUGGAGAAGCUUGUGAUUGCUGUAGAAGAAACAAGUACCUUUGGAAUUGACUAGAUGCUGCAGGCCCCAAAAUGCCACAUUUUGAACAAAUCCCCUCAGAAUACAUGUUGAAGAUACAGGGUACAGUUUCAUAAAACUGGGCCCAAUUUCACAGAGCUGCGCUUCGAAAGUAGCUAAGCCCCACAAAAAAUGCUUAGCAGAAAAUGUUAAGCAUUAUCUGCUUAAGCAGCUCUUUGAAAUUUGACCCAACAAAUGAUCAGAACAAUAUAUUGCUUAGCACAUAAAAAUCUUACCCAGCGGAAACAGUUUACCAGGUAAAAUACCAUGUAAUGUGUAUAGGUUUUGACUGGUUCCCUGCUCGUUUUUGGUUAGUAGGAGAAAUUUGCUGAGCACGAACUUCUGCUCAAUGGCUUUAUGAAAUUGGACCCUGUUUUUCCACUGUUGUUACGUGCCAACUUUUGUCUGGUGCCAAGAGUACCAAUGGAAAUUCCUGUUGACGAUAACAUAGUUCAAAAGGCACCAGUCUUUCAUGUUAAUUUGAUUCGCAUAGACGUGUGUGCGAGAAAUAAAAAACCUAAAUUUACACAGUAUCAUCUGUCAUGAAACUUUAUGGAGUAACCAAGCAUUUUAAGGCAAUCGGGGAAUAGGGGGACGGGGGAAAAUUGCGCAAUUCAUUGUUGAAUUCCUUCCCACUUGAUAAUUCUUUGCAACAAUUGAAAAAGGCGAUGUUACAUAAUUUGACAUGUCUUCAGUUGAGUUGAAGUUUCCAAUCGGAAACAUUUUUAACCCUCCUCUUAUACUAGCUAGGCCAAUCAAAUUGCAUUGUACAUGUCACGUGACCAUUCCCUUUUCAAAUCAUGCAUUCUGAUUGGUGGAUAUGUCUGUCUGUUUAAACUCUUUGUGAUUUUUUUUUCAAUUCAUGGCGAUACAUAAUAUUUAUAUUUAUAAAACUAUGCAUUGGUCAUCUUGUUAUAUAUUUUUUUGUGGAAUUUCUUUUGACAAUUCCAAUAAUUUCACUCAUUUUGCAUGGUGCUGGGAUUUUCAAAAUUAUUGAAAAAAAAGAUCAUGUAAAAAAUUGUUGGUAUAUUCUGCUUUAUUUACUCUGUAAAUCCAGUCCAAAAUUCUGUUAAAUUUAGUUAUGUAAAGAUCUUUUUUGACAGUUAAUACUGGAACAUAAAAUAAAUAUAUUCUGAUAAUAAUAUAUCACAAAGGAGUUUUGUUUAGUGGAGUCUAAAUAAAACACUCACAGUUGUACUCAAUAAAAAUUAUUGAAAAGAAUUUUACACCGUUAAUUUUUGUAUUGUUUGGUAAUCAUUCUAUUGUAAAAUAUAUAAAUAUAUAAAUCGGCCGAACUAUUUCAAUGUGAUAAACGAUGUCAAGUUAUAUUAUUAUUAUUUUUUUUGCCCCAUAACUGUUGUUUCAAAUAAAUUAUGUGUUAUUUGCAUGUGAUCGUUACAAAUUAUUACACGUAUAACUAUUGUAUGUAAUGAGAUAGGCAUUAUCAAUCAUAUUAUCGGUUAUGCAAAAAUGUAUAUUUUUCACAAAAAUAAAAAAUAAAAUCACAAAACAGGUAGUUCUUUAACUUUAACUAAUGCAACUGAUUACUAUUCAUCGUUUCAUUUUGUAAGUCAUAAGUAAAAACAACUGACUAUCAUGUUUUUAUCUAUGCAAAUUUCCUCUCAAGUGUUUAUACUAAGCCCUUUUCACACUACAAAGCUAAAUCCCAGGGAAUAAAAUCCCCAGGGAAUUCAUGUGGAAUUGUAACCCCACCAUUGCACUCGGGGAUGGAAAAUUUCAGACUUUUGUCUGAAUUCAGACUUUUUAAAUAAAUAAGUCCAUCUCUUUUGAUCAACUUUUCUAGACUGCUGAGGAUACUGUUCCUAAAAGCUCAUUGGAAUCUAUGGCCCUUUUCAAAACCACGGCUUCGGCUUUAGAUUCGGCUUCAAGCUCCAUCCUCGCGCCUGAAACCCUGAGCGCGUAUGCAAAACAUGCGCACUUGUCAAAACAACCAAGCUAACCUAAGCCGAAUCUGAAGCAGAAGCCGUGGUUUCGAAAAGGGCCAUACAACUCCAGUGAGUACCAUAAGGUGGAAUUUCCAUCAUUUCAUUGUACAUGUACCUCCUAAGAUCUGGUUCACAGUUUCAGAAAUUUUGUCGCCAGUGACUCUCGCCCCUGCACACCCAGUGCAAUUUGCGUUGCAAAAAAUUACCACUCGGUAUGCUAACCCCAGGGUUAACUCGCUUAACCCUACUCCCAAGGAGGGGUAACUAUUUCCCAUGGAAUUUUCUUUUCCCCAGGAAUUUGCCAGGUUUUAGCAGUUCAAGUGUGAAGGGCCAACUUACUUUUCCCAUGGAAUGUGCCUAGUGUGAAAGGGGCUUAAGAGUAGUUAUGUGUUGUUUGUGGUCUUGUCAUUAAAUCUUCCUCUAAAUAAUAAUCACAAUUAUCUACCAGUGUAGAUCCAUUUCACAACGCGGAGCGCACUUGCACACACAUCUCCAGUCCGCCAUUUUGAGUGUAAAAACUUCCACAAAAGGAUGCACCUCCGAAUAAUGCUCAUCAAUUUUGUUUCUGCCUUUUUGGGUGUCCAUUUCUUUUGUGCACGUUUUGACACACAAAAUGGCGGACAGAUGCAUGUGUAUGUGCGCUGCACGUUGUGCAAAGGGUCUAUUGAUACAGAAUCAUCUGAACUUCUUCAAAGUGGUAAACUUCCAAGUGUUAUUUCACAGUUCCAAGAUUGGUUCUUAAUUUUUUUAAAAGUUGUUAGAGAAAAUAUGCUAGAACUAGAGAGCGUUCUAGAAACCAUUCUCUGAACCAAUGUUGCUGACCUCUUAAACUUCUGAGCAGAAAACUCUAAAACAAUAUUUUUUGCUUCAAAAGCUCUAUGAAAUCGGGCCCAUGUUGAAUGGCUUCUGACUGGCACUCCAAACAAAGAUAUUGACAAAAUAGGGUGCCCACCAACAGUUAGGGCUAGGGCUAGAUGGCCCAGUUUGAAGAGCUCCUAUAUGUUAAUCCAGAGUUCACAUGUUCUACUUAAUUUGUCUUUGUUAAUUCCAAAAUUAUCAUAAAUUUCCCCAUGUCGUUUACAACGUUAAUUGUAACACUAGCUUCAUGUUUACGGCGAAUAUAUCAGUAUCAAUGUACAGUUUUCUUAGAACAUGUCAAAUCGCACAAAAACAUAGAGUUGCCCCCCCCCCCAUACUUUUCAUAUUGAGAAAUCCAGUGUUGGAAUUAAUUACCCAAUUGCCCGAAUAGUAAUUUACCCUCUGUCAUCAGUGUACAUACAUCUUCUAAUUGAAAACAAAUACAGUAUUCUUUAACUUGGAUUGAAAAUACCCCGCCAUAUUUACACAUUCCUUUUAUUUGAGAACAUUUUGUGUAACCUGCUCAAAAAAGUGUAAAUUAUCCACAAGUUGGUAUCUCAAAUUGUUAACAAUAUUGUUUGAUGGGGGUUAGAAUUGUGGUGACACCAUGUGCAAAAUCUCUUUCUCCUGAUGACGAUCAGAGCAAACUGAUAGAGCUGCUUAAGCAGACAAUACUACUUCAGAAUUUUCCGCUAUGCAGAAAUGAGCAGGAUACCAGUCAAAAAAAUUUCAUGUGACAUGGUAGUUUGGCUGGUAACCUUAUUCUGGUAA